AUGAACGUCUGGUCCCUGCUCCCAUUUCUGGGCCUGCUUCUUGGAGUCCAGUCGCGAGAAUGCACUCCCCCAUUUGACCGUAGUUAUUUCAACGUCACCGACCAACACUACAUCGAUGCUCUGUCUUCCUCGUGCACGGUCAUGCUCGGUUCUCUCUUGAUAGCCACCAACUUUACGGGCCAGUUCUUGCUGCCUAACAUCACCAACAUCACGGGAAGCAUCAUGCUGGACUGGUGGGAUUGGAAACCGACGCCUAACGUGACAUCUAUCGAUCUACCGGACCUUCAGUACCUAGAAAGCAGCAUAGAGGUGGCGGCCUUAUCCGACACGCUAGAGAGAAUAUCCAUACCGAAGCUCGAGUAUCUACGAUCUAUGAUAUUGGAACAGUACAUCGACAACGCGGAGGUGGAUUUCAGAGGACUCCAGACGGCAGAUGUUCUCUACGUGAGGGGUAAUUAUUCGAAAGUAAGCUUCGACUCUCUGCAGAAUGUCACCGAUUUUUUAUCUAUCUGCAAUCAAGGAGUGUGCAGCUACAUGUUUUCUGCGGAAACGGGUCCGGCCCCACGUCGCGCAAUGGAGGUGUCUCUGCCAAAUCUUGAAGUCGCGCACAAACUGACAAUUGCGGGGGAUCUAUCAGAACUCAUUGCACCCAAACUAUCUAAUGCGAAUCUCAUCAUCCAAUCAGCGAAUACCUCUGUAGAGUUUGACUUUCCUCACUUGACAUACAGCCACGAUUGGCUCGAUCUAGAGGGUCAUAUCACAAGACUUUCCAUUCCUCGUCUCGACGACGUCGCCGGUGUUCUGAAAAUCCAGUCGAGUUACCCUCUCAACGUCACCCUGCCACUCACCAAAGGCGAUUCUAUCAUUUUUCACGGACAAAUCGAAGACGUCUCCUUUCCCAACCUCAAAACCUUUGACUCUGUUCAUAUCGAAACCGAUCUCCCACUCGACUGUGAUUCGGUUGUCUACCGAAUCAACGAAACUUCCAGAGAACCUCACAGCGACUACAGUCUGGGAUGCAAAUCGCCAUACGAGAAGCCAUCGGGAGGACUGUCUACUAAAGCAAAGAUAGCUAUUGGAGUCGUGGUGGGGGUUGUCGGGCUGGGUAUCAUCGUCGGGGGUAUUUUGUUCUGGAAGAAGAAACGGGUGACGAAGAAGAAGACUGGGUCGGAGGUAGAGCUGACUACGUUUGGCACUGGACCGCGGAGAGAAGAACCUGGACAGGGACCGGCAGAGGCAGAAGUGGUGCAUGAUCCGCCUCCGCCGUAUACGAGGGACAAGACCCAAGCCAUGGACGAGAAAGACCUGAAAGCAUGCUAUCGACCGCCCUUACCCCCUCGGCCGUCGUCCCGCACCCCGUCCACGCAGUCACAGCACCACCCCACGGAUGAAAAGCACCUGUAUGAUUAUACCGCCCACGCGCCUGUGCCGGGCCCGACGCAUACCACGCAGGAUGGGUUUGCUGGGUUCACGUAUGCGCAUUCGCCGUUCGAUCCGCCCCCGCUUCCGGCGUAUAGUGAGCGUCCGGAACCGCCUACUUUGAUUCGGAAUCAGAUUGAGGAUGGGCCGCGGGAGGGGAAGUUGCCGUGUGUUAUUCCGCAAACAUCCCACACCCUCCACGGCACAAUCUACCGCCCCUUCGCGCGCGCCUACCCCCCGGCCCUCGCCACAACAACAGCAACCUACAACGACCUCCCAACAAGCAAAACCUACCAAGGCCCCGCCACCGUCUACCAAAACGGCACAAUCACCCAAACCGACUUCCUCGCCUUCAUCGACGGCCUGAACGCCGUCUGGCUCGCCCAUCCGUACCUGCAAGCCGCCAGCGCCACAACGAGCAUUUUCGGCUUCGUGCCGCUCUUGGAGAUUCAGCUUGCGGCGUUGGGCGUGCAGGUCGCGACGGAGUUGGGGAGUGUUAAGUUGUCGCAGAUGCGGACGCAGGCUUAUUUGAGACUUGCGAAUGAGGAGUUGUUUGUGCCCAGGGGGUUGAGGGUGCAGGUGCUGAAGACGAGGAAGAUGAUGGAGGUGGUAGGGGUUCCGGAGGGGGUUUUUGAGGUUGGAGGGGGGAAGGAGGGGGGGAGGGAUGGGGAGGGGGAGGAGGUUUUUGAGGAUCAUUCUCAUGAUGAUGAUGAUGUUCAGGGUGGUGAAGGAAAGGGUAAGGGGAAAGGCAAGCGUAAGGAGGACGGAUAUCCACCACCACCACAAUCGCCAUCCUCACCCCUCCCACCCUACCAUCCAUCUUCAUCUUCAAGCACCAACGGAGACUCUCACAACAAACAACAACAACAACCCCCCUCCCCAACCCAGUUCACCAACAACAAUGAAACCGAAGCCAACGACCCCCAACUCCGCCGCAUGUCCGCACUCCACGGCUACGUCCAACCCCUAAACUUCACCGCCGACCUGCCCCUCUCAGAGAACUGGCUCAAACGAGCCUCAGAGAAGCAAUCGCGGGUGUUCGCCUCUCGCCAAAACGCGAUCUUCAGCGGAAAGCGCGACAAAGCGACGAGAUUGGCCACCGAGGCAGAGGAAGCGUCGCGCGAGCUGGACGCGAAACUGGCCGAGGUGGAGACCGCGCAGGGCGAGAUCCGGGCUCGGGCGCGGGACCGGCUGGAGGGACCGCUGGGGGAGUCGAUGCAGGGGAGGUUGAUUGUGCAGGAGGACAUGGAGAAGGAGAUGCGGAAGUGGGAGAAGAAAAGGGAGAAGAUUGAUAAGGAGCGGGAGAAGCGGGUGACGAGGAAAUUGGCGCAGAGUCAGAGGGGCUUGGAGAGGGUGGAGAAGCGCGAGAUGAAAGUGGCGCAGAGGGUGAUGUGGGUGGUUGUGACGGAGGAUGAUGGGAGGGGGUGGGAGAAUCAUUUGUGGGAGGAUUCGGAUUAA